GAGGAGUUUGUUGUGCAUUUUUUUUUGGGUGCGCGGCGUGCCACGGAUCACAACCCCAACUACACACAUACACACAAUAAGCGGUCAAAUUAAGUUUUGUUUUUUUUUCUCGUUACCCAACUCGCAAGUGCCGUGCAAUUAUUUGUUCUAAUUCUGUUAACCGAAAUUCAAAAGCGUCGACACUUUUUAACAAAAAAAAAACAACGCAACAACCAAGUCAGCGUAGAAAAGAAAGAGAAUCACAAACAACGAAGCAGCAAGAAAAGGAGGGGAGAAGAGCGAAGAGAGCGGCAGAAGACACUGCGCGGAUGAAAUGUAGCAGAAUUCUUCUUCUAAUGUUCUGUGUGCCGAAGUGACGAAGUGACGCCAGAAGAAACCGAGUGAAGAAAGAGAGAAGGAGGCAAGGAGAAAGAAGGCAGAAGAAAGAGCUCAAAAAACAUAAAACACAAACUCACACGCUGGCAGAACGGUUUACUGAAACGCAAGGCAACAACAAAGCAACAAUGAAUCAACCGGUUUGAAGAUCACAACCAAACCGCAGACAUCCACUCCCAACGUUCCGACCAAAAAAAAUCAAAUCCAGAGAUCGUCAGCAAUAUAGCGGAAGCCCAGGAGCGAAGGAGUUCGGGAAAGUAUCGUUUCCACACUGACCUGACCGAAGAGUGGGGAUAGUGAGUCCAGAGCCGCGAAGACGACCGCACCGGAGCCAUGGACUGGGCCGAAGGUGAUCUGGUCUGGUUCGACCCGGGCAUGGGACAUCCCAUUCCCGGCGAGAUCCAGGAGGUUCAUCGCGCUGCCCAGGUGAUCGUCGUCCAGGCGCUCAUCAAAGGCAAGCCACAGACGUUCGCUUUGCAACCGGGAGAGGGCAGCCUGCGUGCACGCCAGGAUCUGGGCAGCAGCGGUGUGGAGGACAUGACCCUGCUGGAUGAUCUCCAUGAGGCUUCGCUGCUAUGGAAUCUCCGCCUGCGCUACGACAAGGGUCUGAUCUACACCUUCGCCGGCAGCAUCCUGAUUGCCGUGAAUCCCUACAAGAUGUUCCCAGACGCCUAUGGUCUGGAGGUGGCCAAGCAGUAUGCCGGACGCCCGUUGGGAUCCCUACCACCCCAUCUGUUUGCCAUUGGGGCAGCGGCCCAUGCCGCUCUGCCCUCGCCCCAGGUGGUGGUCAUCUCUGGCGAGAGUGGCUCCGGCAAGACGGAGUCCACCAAGCUGGUGAUGCAGUACCUCGCAGCCGUGGUGCCUGGAGGAGGUUCUGCCUCAGCUGUUAUAACCGAGCAGAUCCUGGAGGCAGCUCCGCUGCUGGAGGCCUUUGGCAAUGCCCGCACUGCCCGGAACGACAAUAGCUCCAGGUUUGGAAAAUAUCUGGAGGUCUACUUCAAGAGUGGCGCCAUUGUGGGUGCCAAGAUCACGCAGUACCUGCUGGAGAAGUCAAGGAUUGUGACGCAGGCGCCGGGGGAAAGGAACUACCAUGUGUUCUACGAACUCCUUGGUGGUCUGUCCGAGACGGAGCGCUCCAAAUAUGGAUUGCUGGAGGCGGACAAGUACUUCUACCUGAACCAGGGAGCCACCGAUUGUGCCAGCGGGCGGGUGGACUGGGAAUCGCUGCAGGGCGCCAUGCAGGUCCUGGGCGUCUCCGAGGGCGAGCGGGAAGGAAUCGUUCGCGUCCUGGCGGCAGUGCUCCAUCUGGGCAAUGUCUACUUCCAUCGCAGGCAACUGAGGCAUGGUCAGGAGGGCGUAGAAGUGGGCUCCGAUGCGGAGAUCAAGUGGGCUGCCCAUCUCCUUCACAUCAGCGCCGAGGGACUGCAUCGAGCGCUGACCAGCCGGACCACGGAAGCUCGAGCGGAACGGCUGCACACGCCGCUUGGAAUCGAUCAGGCCUUGGAUGCCCGAGAUGCCUUCGCCAAGGCUCUGUACGCCGGACUCUUCAAUUGGCUGGUCUCCCGGAUCAACUCUAUUGUCCAGAAGGGCGGAACGCAUGAUGCCCAUCGCAUCAGCAUCCUGGACAUCUUUGGGUUCGAGGAUCUGGCCGAGAAUAGCUUUGAGCAGCUGUGCAUCAACUAUGCCAACGAGAACCUCCAGUUGUACUUCAACAAGCAUGUUUUCAAGCUGGAGCAGGCGGAGUACGCCAGGGAGCGUCUGGAGUGGACUCCUUUGGCCUGGGAUGACAAUCUUCCAGUGAUCCAUCUGCUGGCCAAGAAGCCAGUGGGCAUUUGCCAUCUCCUGGACGACGAGUCCAAUUUUCCGCGUGCCACCGAUCUGAGUUUCCUGGAGAAGUGCCACUACAAUCAUGCGCUGAGUGAGCUCUAUGCUCGCCCCAGGAUCGGUGCUCAGGAGUUCGGAGUGACCCACUAUGCGGGGCAGGUGUGGUACUGUGUGGAUGGCUUUCUAGACAAGAAUCGCGAUGCACUGCGUGGGGAUGUACUCGAGCUGCUGGCCUCCAGUCGAUUGAAUCUGGUGGGUGAGCUGACCAAGCAGCUGCGUGCCCAGCGAGAUGCCGGGAAGACCCUGCCCAAGGGCAGCAAUGGAAGAUUUGUCACGAUGAAGCCACGAACGCCUACGGUGGCGGCCAGAUUUGCGGAUUCACUGCAGCAGCUGCUCCAGUCGAUGGGCAGGUGUCAUCCGUGGUUCGUCCGUUGCAUCAAGCCGAACCAGGAGAAGCACGCGCUCCGCAUGGAUAUGCCGUGUGUGCUCCAGCAAUUGCGUUAUCUGGGCAUGCUGGACACCAUCCAGAUCCGGCAGCGCGGCUAUCCGGUGCGCCUGCGCUUCCAGCACUUUGUGGAGCGGUAUCGCCAUUUAUUACCAUCGCCUUUGGCCAGGGGCACUCCGUAUCGGGAGUUGUGCCGAGCUUUACUGGAGGCCAUGCCGAGGACAGGAGUAGAGGGUCCCGACUAUCAGCUGGGUGCCACAAGGGUCUUCCUGCGUGAGGCACUGCAUCGAGCGCUGGAGAGCGGACGAACGGAGAGGCUGCGACGGGCGGCGGUCAGUGUCCAGCGGCAUGUGCGUGGAAUGCUGGUGCGCCGGCAGUUGGCUCGUCGGCAAGUGGCGGCCACUCGUCUCCAGGCCCGCUGGCGAGGUCAGAGGGCACAGCAGCGCUACGAGCGCCUGCGCAAGGGAGCACUGACUGCCCAGCGGCUGUGGCGAGGACGCCAGGCCAGGAGGAAGGUGAACCAACUGAGAUCGGACCAUCGGCGCAGGCAAGAGGCCAGGGAGGCAGCCCAGCGGGCUCGCGAGGCACGAGAGGCCAAGCAGGCUGUGCUGGAACGAAGCCAACUGAGCUACCUGGACAUACCCGCCGAGCUGGCAUUCAUCUACUCCAAGCUGCAGGGCUGGUCACCGCCACACGGUGAUCGUCACCUGGUCAAGGUACUGGGCACGGUGCCGGGUCCACCUUCCUCCGCCGUUCAACUGCCCGAGGAUCUGGGUCAGUUCUCCUUCGGCAAAUUCAGCAGUGUCUACUGCAAUGGGCUGAGAUUGCAGCCAAGGAGGGAACCCAUCACAGCUCCUUUGCUGACCAGAGCUGCGUCGAGGGAUCAGGACUUCCAGGAUGCGUUGGCCGUGUUUAAAUUGAUCCUCCGCUGGAGCAAUGACAAGGCCUUGGAGGGCGCUAAGGAGAAGCUAUUGGCCGACUAUAUUGUGCACAAGGCUCUGAGCUCGAGGGGAUUACGCGAUGAGAUCCUGGUGCAGCUGUGCAACCAGGUUCAUGGCCUGCCGCCCACUUCGGGGGAGGCCACCAGAUUGUGGCAGCUCCUGGGGCAGUGCCUCUGCUGUUUCCAGCCCAGUGCCGCGUUCAGCAAGUAUCUGAUGCGAUUCGUGGAUGAUGAGGCACCGGCCUCCUUGAGACCCCUACUCCUGCGCCAGUUGCUACGCCAGCAGGGUGGUGGCUCCUCCUCCAGCGGCGCAGUGGGCGGUGGUGCCUGCCGUAGCUUUGUGCCUGCCUGGUUGGAGUGGCGUGCCUGGACAAGGGGCUGCGACAUGGCCCUGCCCCUCACCCUUCCCGACGAGGCCAGCCAAACGGUGGCCGUGGACUCAUGGACCAGUUGCGAGGAGGCUGCCGCCCUGGCCGUUUCCUCGUUGGGCGUGGCCAGUCGGGGAUGGACCUUGGUCCUCGAUGAUGGACAACAGCUCACUGAUAGCUGUGGACUGGACUAUGUGAUGGAUUUGAUUGCGGAGAAGGAGCUGUGUCCCGCAUUCCCAGCUCCCAGGAGUGAUCUUCUGCGUUCCGGGGCCAAGUUUGCUCGAACAACUCUGCCGGAGGCGGUCAAACGUCCAGCGGUUCCACCGCCAGCGCCGCCCACUUCGAGUGGUGCCUCCAAGGAGGAGAUUCCUCGGGAGCGCAGGAGCAGCCGGGAGUUGCUCUCCAGGAGCUCGGCUCUCAACGAACGCUAUUUCGAACGGGAGCCCAGUCCGGGACCUGGUCAGGGAUCGAGUCCGAGUCAGGCCAAGUCGCGCUCCAAGUCACUGGAUGAUCUGCUGGCCGGGGACAUUGCCCCUGUGCCGCCGGAUUGCGAUUCCCAGGAGCCGCUGCACACUCUGGGUCUCUCGGAGAGUCGCCUGAACGAUCGCUACCACUCGGCAGAGCGACUUGCUCCGAUGGGCAAGGAGACGGCUCCGCGCUACCAGAAAUCCCAGCAUGCCGGACGGCGAUCCCAUGCCGCUUCCCAUGGCUCACACUCCAGCAAGUAUGCGGACAAGGCUGAGUAUGCCACCAGAUCGUCGGCCAUGUCGGACACCAGUGAGGCACCAUCCCUAGCCUCCCAUGUGCGCCGGGUGAGGGUUCCCUCCCAGGCCUCCGAUGUGGAUCAGUUCCUGGACGAUCUGUUUAGUCCGGUGCUAGAUGGCUCCCUGGAUGAGCUGUCCGAUGCCAGAUCCCUUGCGGCCAGCAUUCGCGGAGGUGGCUAUCCACUGGAGAAUGAAGAGGAAUCGGAUAUUGAUGACCUGGAUGACUACAUUAAUGAUAUCUUCCAUCCGUUACCCAUGGUUGAAAGUUUGGAAAAGCUGGCAAGCAAGGAUCAGUUGGCUGCCAUUAUCAAGGGAGGUGGAGUAGCCAGUAAUCCCGUAGAGAAAGAAGAGGAGUCAGAUAUUGAGGACCUAGAUGACUACAUCAAUGAGCUCUUCCAACCUAUACCUUUGGCGGGCAAUCUAGACAACUUGAGCAGCAAGGAGCAGCUGGCAGUCAGCAUUCGAGGAGGUGGCAGCACGGAUAGCAAUGGAGCUGAUCCCCUGCUUCACCAGCUGAUGCAGCUGCCCGGGGAGACGGAAACCGGUCCUGCCCUGUAUCAACAGCAGGUGCAGCGCGCCUUCCUGCAAUCUGCAAUGGCCCAAAAUCUUCAGAUCCAGCAGCAGCUUCUGGCCCAGAAUCAGGCCCUCCAGACGCUGCUCAGCCAGCAGGCGGCGGCGGCCAACAAUGCCGCCUCCUCGCCGCCACCGGCUCCUCCGGUUUUGGGCAGCCUGUCCAUCUCACCACCACCGCCACAGAUACAGGCACAGUCACCACUGCGUAUGAAGACCACGCGCAGCAGUUUGGUAGUGAUGGAGGCACUGCAGCCACCGCCUCCUCCACCACCGCCACCAAUGCCGCCGCCGUUGGAGUGCAAGGAUCCCUCGGAGACGCGACACUUCCUGGAUCCCUAUGGUAGGGCCAAGACCGUCCGGAUUGGCAAGUGGCGCUGGCCGCCGCCACAGGAUGAGCCCCAGUUCCAGACCGAGGAAGACUUCUUUGCCUUCAAGAUGCGCCAGCAUCAGCGGAAGACGACGCCUCAAUCCCAGCACCACCAGCUGGCCAGCAAUGGUGGGAUGGUUGGGGAAUCGGGUCCUGGAAUCCGUGGAGCCACCGCCAUCGAGUGGGAGGAGUUCGAGAUCGAGAGUCCCACUCCGCCGCCCAUGGGCGGGCAACUGAUGCGGAGCAGCAUCCGGCUGGAGACCACCACCACCACGACGACCACCACUGCGGCAAUGAACAGCAGGGACAGGGAGAGGGAAAGGGAUAGAGACCGAGACCGAGAUCGAGAUGCCCACGAGGGCAACCAGGCGAUGCAGAGUGUGGUCACCACCAAGCUGGCCAAGAAGAGCUUCGAGAUCGGAGCCGAUCGCCCGCCGCCAGGAAGUGUGGGCAAACUCAAGCUGAGCUCCGAGAUGCGCCAGCGCUUGGAGCAGGUCACGGCUGGCCAUUCGGUGAGAUCCACCGUGUCAACCAAGUCAGAGCAACGUGCACCGGCCAAGCUGGAGGACACGCGUAAGCUGAUGCUGCAGCAACAGCUGGGUGGACUUUUUGCCAGCGUCACUGGAGGCAACUCGGGUCCUGGGGGCAUGGGCGGAGGAGGAGUCGAUUCCCACGCCACAGUGCGCACCCAGAUAGAGCGAAUGGAGGGCAAACUGUCGCCACCACCGGCUCCGCCCUCGGGUGGUUGGCCCGGGGUGCUCCUGCCCCCCGCACCCAGUGUACCGGCACCACCACCGCCAAUCCGGCCACCCAGCAUGGCGCCACCUGCCCCGCCGCCGGCCCCACAGAGUCCGCCGACGGCCAGAAGCCCCGAACCAGAGCCGGAUUACCGCACCUCGAGCAGUCAGGUGGUCAAGGAGCAUGUGCCUGCCUUCAUUCAGCGUCAGGAGCGCGACACCUUCGGAGCAGUGCGUCAGCAGCAGCACCACCAACAGCACCAGCAGCAGCAGCAGAUGAUGAUCCUCAGCAGCCAUCACUUGCACCUGGAGGAUCACUCGGCCUCCUCGUCACCGGCCGCAGCCGCCUGGGAUCAGGCGGAGCGGGAGAGAUCGCGCAGCCGGAGCAGGAGUCGCGAUCGCGAGGAUUACUCUGAGUCAGUGUGGGAUCGGGCGGAAGUGGAGGGACCCGCCUCCGGAAGUGGCAGUGAAAAGGAGCGCGAGAAGCGGGAGCGGGAACGCGAACGCCUCUACGAGAUCCGUCAGGUGGAGCGGGAGCGGGAGAGCCACAAGGUCUACCAGCCGGCACCGCCGCGGGUGAUCCAGGCCAGCAUGGACACCACCGGUGGCCAUCAUCGAAGGGAGGAUCGCAGCGGCGGAUUGGGACUGGCCACUUUCCGCACCCACAUGGCCCAGAAGUACGAGCACGAGCGGAAGCGCAAGAGCUCGGCCAGCUCCGGGAUGCGCGAGGAGCUGGACUCGAUGCACAUGACCACGCCGCCGCCCGUAAUGGUUCCGGCUCCAGUGCCACCGCCCUCGUCCUCGGCCAGUCCGGGAUUGGGAGUGGUCUCCGGUGUGGUUUCCGGCUUGGGAACGGGUGCCAGCAGUGCCUGUUUGACCUACAACCGGGUGCCGUGGAAGCUGCGCGUGCGCAAAGAGGUCUUCCAGCCACAUGAGCCCAUUGGACCACCGGUGGCCUUGGAUCUGCUCUUUGCCCAGGUGCUGGGCGACGUCUUCGGGGUGACACCCUGCCUGAGGAUCACGCCGCAGGAGAAGAGCUCCGCCCUCAAUAUGCUCCAUGGUCAUGGUGUUAGUGUGGAUACACUGUCCAAUCGAAAUGGUACGGGAAGCGGAGGAGGCGGAGGAGGAGGAAGUGGAGGGCAGGUGCGUGCCCUGGUUAAGCGCCAUCUGGUGGACAUGGCGCGCGAUUGGCCGCUGUAUUUCGCACGACUCUUCGCCGUCCAAGGAGCACCCCUCUAUCCCGAUGUCAGCAUCAUGGGCGUCUCGCACAGUGGCCUCUAUCUGGCCCGCCGGGAUGCCGACUACCUGAUUGUGGUGCAGGCCAUCUCCUUCGGGGAGAUCCAGAGUGCCGUCACCCUGCCGCGUCCGGCGGCCCUGCAGCUCAAUCUGCGCAACGGGAAGCACCUGGCACUCCAUGCAGCCCGCGCCGCCGCCAUCCAGUCGAUGGUCACCAGCUUUGUCCAGGAGUUCCGCAAGUCACAAUCGAAGGCCUCCACACUGUCUUCAGGAGCCCGGGCCGCCGCCCAGACCCUGAAUGUGCCGCUGGAGCGCCUGGAAUCCCGCCAGGCGCACGCCCAGCGCAACGAGCACGGCGUGGAGGUCGGCGGAUCCCGCCAGAAUGAGCAGGUGCAGCAGGCUGAACUGCACCACCACCUGCAGCACCACCAAACGCAGCAGCAGCAGCAGCAGCAGCAGCUGGAGGACGCCUUGGAGGAGCAGCAGAUGGCCGCCGAGCACCAGCAGCAGCAGCAGCAGGGUCAGCAGCAGCGGUUCCUCAAGCAGCAGAGCUACCUGCACUCCGCCCGCAAGUCCAAUGCCGGCCAGCAGCCCUCCUCCCUGACCAACGGCCAGGUGCACCAGCAGGAGCAGAUCCUCCAGCAGCAGCAGCAGCAGCAGUCGCAAUCCCUGCCGCACCACGACCUGGACGCCAACUACAUGCAGGACGAGGGCAACGGCGGCACCCCGCCCUCGGUCACCAAGUACUCGCUGCUCCAGUUCGCCAUGCAGCACUUCCGCAACGACCAACUGAGGGACGCUGACCGCCACCACGAGCGGCACCAGUCCGCAGCGAAUCGCUCGUACGCGGAGCUGGUGAAGUGGCAGGGCCACGCCAUACGCCUGCCGCUCCUCCGGCUGCCCAAUGACCUGGCGCCCCUGGCGCUCGAGUGCUUCGACUGCAUCCUGCGCUACUGCGGCGACAUACCGCUGGAUCCCGACCUCACCGAGGUCAAGUGCGUCUACACCGUGCUCAUGCAUUGUCACAAAUACUUGGCCCUGCGCGACGAGGUCUACUGCCAGCUGAUGAAGCAGACGACGGCCAACCGGUCACCCUGUCCGGACAGCUCGCAACGAGCCUGGCGCCUGCUCAGCAUCCUGGCAGCGUACUUCGGUUGCUCGGACGCACUGCGUCCCUACCUGAUGGAGCAUUUGACCUCGGCGGCCUCCGAUCGGCGUCGCUCCUGUCACGGCACCGCGGCCGUUUGUCUCACAAAUCUCCGGAAGACUGCCCGUUGUGGCGGAAGGAAGAAUGUGCCCAGUGUGGAGGAGGUGACGGCCGUCUCCGCGGGACGAUCAGCACGCCGGCAGAUCUAUCGCCUGCCCGGAGGAGCGGAACGAGUGGUCAACACACGCUGCUCCACCGUGGUGGCCGAUGUGAUUGCUGAAUUGUGUGCCCUGCUGGGCGUGGAAUCGGAGGCGGAGCAGCAGGAGUUCUCCCUGUACUGCAUUGUCCAGGGCGAUGCCUUCACCAUGCCCCUGGCUGCCGAUGAGUACAUCCUGGACGUGACCACGGAGCUGCUCAAAUCGGGGCAGCCCUUCUACCUGAUCUUCUGCCGAUCCGUUUGGCAUUUCGCCCUGAAGCGGGAACCUGCUCCGAUGCCCCUGUACGUGGAGGUGCUCUUCAACCAGGUGGCACCGGAUUACCUGGAGGGUCUGCUGCUGGAGCUGCCCGGCAAUGGGGUGCCCGUGCCGGAGAUGGUCAGGGAUAUGGCGAGAAUUGCGGCACUGCUGCAUCGGGCAGCCGAUCUGAGUCAUGUGCCGGCGAUGAAAGAGAUCAAAUUCCUGCUGCCCAAGCCGGCGCUGGGCAUACGCGAGAUCCGACCCGCCCAGUGGGUGGGUCUCGUCCAGUCGGCCUGGCCGCAGGUGGCCAACCUGAGUCCCGGCCAGGUGAAGGCCCAGUUCCUCAAUGUGCUGGCCACCUGGCCGCUUUUCGGCAGUAGCUUCUUUGCCGUGAAGCGCAUCUGGGCGGAGGAGGGGCCGCAUGUGGAGGACAACCACAGUCCCAUGUGGCGGGACCUCAUACUGGCCCUCAACCGACGCGGCGUCCUCUUCCUGGACCCCAACACCCACGAAACCCUGCAGCACUGGAGCUUCAUGGAGGUGAUCUCCACGCGCAAGGUUCGUUCGGAGGAUGGAGCCCUUUUCCUGGACAUGAAGGUGGGCAAUCUGAUGCAGCAGCGCGUCAUCCGCGUCCAAACGGAGCAGGCCCACGAGAUCUCGCGCCUGGUGCGCCAGUACAUCACCAUGGCCCAGAUCAGUCAGCGCGACAAGCGGGAGCUCAACUAGAGCCCGAAUAUUGGCAUAAUUAUUAUUAUUAUUAUUAUUCGUAUCGAUAUAUAUAUAUAUAUUGUAUUGAGUUAUUCUCCCAUAUGUUUCCAUACAUUUUUUUGGUCUUUUCGUAAGUCACCCUACCAGAUACAUAUAUUUAUUAACGCCCAUAUGCAAGAUACAUAUGUAUGUUUAGAUGUUUAUGUUGUGCUGGUUUCUGUAAUCCCGAUUCCUGAUCCUCUAACUCCCCCAACUCGGUGGCGCUACGAUGGCCAUAUAGAUCCUUUUUUUCUACCCGCUCAAAGAAGUCCCCCAUUGUCUUAAGUUUAAGCGAACCAAGUGCAAUCCGAGUGCAGGAAUUGAACGCCCCCAGCUCUGGUCCCAAGCCCCCUCCCCCCCCCCCCCCAUUUCGAUUCAACGAUUUAUGGUAGCACUUAAGAAUAGCAAACUUUAUUAUUAUCAUUUUUUUUUUUUGACAUUUGUUAAAUCGAAAAUUGCUUAGCUUAAUCCCUAAAAUUAUCAUAAAUAAAUGCAAUUUAUAUAUGUAUAUC